GUCACUGAUUAGUGUGUUCAUGGGAGAAAAUUCAUUGUUUGCAGCUAGUGACUUUUGUUUUCUAUUUUUUUCAAGCUUUAUUUUCAUGAUUUUGUUGCAUAAUGGCUGAGGACUCGGAAAGUGGCAGGAAAUUGGUAAUGUUCAAUUUUAAUUGUCGCAGUUUGUUACAUUAACUUUGUCUGAGCAUGCCGAACUUUAGCUUGUUCAUUUUUUUUCUUUUGUGACUAUCAUUCAGUACUAUCAUUACCCCUGGAAGAAAAAGUUAGGACGUGACUUCUGUCACAUUCUCAUUCACAUUGGCGUCAUUGGCCGUGAUUGGCUCCACCAGCCAAAACGCAUUCCUCUGCUAUAAUGGAAAUUUAUACUCUUUGAGACACUUGGUUCUUGCUAUUUACAAUCUUGGGUGCAGGGCACACACACUGACACACACACUCCUCCGUCCUAAUUCAAUUGACCCAAUUAUCAAUUGAAAAAUUGAUAUAAAAAUGUAAAACAAUUAGGCCAACUUUAAAUUAUAGUAUGAUGCUAUUUUCUUUGAAGAACCUAAAAUUUAAAAAAAGUAUGAUUAAAUGCCUAGAUUCUAAAUCUAGAUAUACUUAUGAUCCAAAUGAUUCUGUGUGACUGUAUUAAGGGGACUGACAUCAGGUUAGUACAAUAUAAAAUGAGUAAAAAAGAAUAGGAAUAGGGCUUAACCUUAACUUAACCCUAAUCUGUUUUACUCAUUUUAUAUUGUCUGGCUGUAUCAUUUCGAUCAUGGUCACAUAAGUCUAUACUAUCUCAAGUAUUUCUAGCUACUGACUGAGAUACUGUUAAAACUCUUACUUGUAGAAAUAUCUAGGCACUCUCCAUCUCUAGUUUUAGGCUAUAGUAAGCUCUAGUUCUAGGGUAGAGUUUUCUUGGUGGAUGUGCAACAAUAUCACUUAUACUUAUAUAUAUAUAUAUAUAUAUAUAUAUAUAUAUAUAUAUAUAUAUAUAUAUUUUAUAUUAUAUAUAUAUCUUUUUUUAUAUAUAUAGUAAGCUCUAGUUAUAGGGUAGAGUUUUUUUGGUGUAUGUGCAACAAUAUCACUUAUAUUUAUAUAUAUAUAUAUAUAUAUAUAUAUAUAUAUAUAUAUAUAUAUAUAUAUAUGAUAUAAUAUUAAUAUGCCUUGCCUUAUAUGCCUUAUACAUUUUACUUUCAUUUUAAAAACUAAAAUAAUUAGGCUAUAUAUCGUUAAUACGUUAAUAUAAAUAUUUAUUUUAGCCCAUAUCAGAAGUUAAAAGAAAAUUUAUAUCAUUUAUCAAAUAAUUCAUCAUAGACCUUACCAUUAAAAGUUAUCCUGUCUGACAGAAAUAGAUUAACAUUAAAAUUAAAGUAUUUAAUAAUGUCUAUGCAUUUUAGUAGGUUGGUGUAUUUUCCAGUGACCAGAUUUUCAAGUACAUUCAAAUUUGAACGUGAUGCAACCCCUCUUAAGGAUAUUUUUUAAUAAUUAUAAUUUUAUUAAUAUUUAAGCGGGCCAAGGAACGCAAGAAAUAUAUUGACCAAGAAAUAGAUGAAGAUGACAUUGAUGGACGGCGAAUGUAUAGUGUGGAGGAAAAAUUGGUCAGUGAAAAGUUCAAUGCAGACAUGGUACAGGAAUUGAAAGGACCAGGUGAAUUUGACAAAAGCUUUUAAGUUUUGUUAAUUAUUUUUCUUUUUUUGCUAUAAAAUUAAAAAAAUAAGUUCCCCUUUAUAUAUUUCCCCUGUCUUUCAACUCUAUAAUCUCUUUAAAAAAUUAAAAUAAUAUUUCUCAUAAAAUUAUUUUUAAAAUUUCAUACUUUUAAACUCCUUAAUUAUUCAUGUUCAGAAUUCACAAUGGAAUGGAUGCAGAGAAAUGGUCUGACUCGACCAAUCGUGUUUUAUGACAAAACUGGCUUGGGUUUGAGGUAACAAAGUUUUUAAAAUUUGUAAAUAUAAAACUAUUGUUUAUAAUUUUGACGUGAUGUUUAUAUAAUAAAGGCACACCUUUAUAGUUAAUAUGAAUCAUAUAUCUUUAUAUGCUUUCAAGAACGCAAUUUUUUUGUUGUAACCUUACAUGCUUGUAAAAAAAGUGAACUGUUUUAUGACACUAUUUGUAGUAAAUUCACCUCCCUAAAGGCAACAGUAUUGUAUGAAUCUUAUAGCAUUAAUUAAAUUUUUCAGAGUACCAAGUGAAAACUUUAAAGUUAGUGAUGUGAAACAGUGUGUUGGUAUGUACUGUUCAAAUUUUACAAAAUAGCAUUAAUUAUUGAUACUUUGAUAGCUUUUGAUGGAAACCCAUAUCUGGUUACUCUUACAAUUUUGGCAUUCUAUUAUUUGAUUUUAAGUUGUCUUUUAUGAUUGUAUGCUGAAGGAUAUAAGUGAGGGAAUCUGGUUACACACCAGAGCUGAUGGAGGACUUUUCAACACUGCCCGCCUCCGAGCAAAGACCAAAACGACAGAUGUCUUAAUUCGCGAGCUACUAUUUGCGGAUGAUGCGGCACUAACAGCACACACAGAAAUUGGUUUGCAACAACUCGUGUCAAGCUUCUCUAAUGCCUGCAAAGAAUUUGGUCUGCAAAUCAGCUUGAAAAAGACAAACAUCAUGGCCCAAGAUACUCGACCUCCACCUAACAUAAAAAUCGAAAAUGAAAACUUGGAGGUUGUGGACAGCUUCACCUACUUGGGGUCCAAGGUCUCCAAUACACUGUCCAUUGAAGAAGAAAUUAACAGCAGAAUCGGCAAGGCAGCUGCCACAAUGGCUAAACUAAAUAAACGGGUCUGGCAAAACACCAAGCUAACGGAGAAAACCAAACUGUGCGUCUAUCGAGCUUGUGUCAUCAGUACACUACUAUACGGGAGCGAGACAUGGACCACCUAUACAUCCCAAGAGCGCAAGCUUAAUAGCUUCCAUAUGAGAUGCCUGCGUCGCAUCCUUGGUAUUAAAUGGCAAGAAAAAGUGACUAAUAGUGAGGUCCUAAUGCGUGCGAAUACCCAAAGCAUGUUCACAAUCCUUAGUGAAAGACGCCUGAGAUGGCUAGGUCAUGUUAAAAGAAUGAGUCCCGGCCGCAUUCCGAAAGACCUCCUAUAUGGUGAACUUGCUGCUGGAAAGAGGAAAACAGGUCGACCACGUCUGCGAUUUAAAGAUGUCUGUCAAAGGGACAUGAAAGCAGCCAAAAUACAUACAAGUGACUGGGAGUGUAAGGCAAAAGACCGAUCUACGUGGCGCACAGUUGUCAAAGAGGGCGUCAUGGUAGCCGAGGAGUGAAGAAUGGAAGAGGCUGCAGACAGAAGAGCUAGGAGAAAGGCCAAAACAUUGGGAAGCACAGAACUCGUGUGUAAAAACUGUGGUAAAGACUGUCACUCAAGGAUAGGACUGCACAGCCACUCGAGAAAAUGCAACCCAACCCAACGGUGAUGCACCAUCGUCUCACGAGACGGAAGGAUGCCGAUACGAUGCUGAGAACUGUCUGAACUGCGAUUUUAAGAGACCAGUUUGGAAAAAUAUGUUCCGAUAGUUUUAAAAUUAAAAUAAUAAUAUACAAAUGGGGUGGUUUUUAGCUCCUUUCUACAUCCGGCGACGAAUGGACAGAGAAACAUGAUAUGUUGGGGACCAUCCAUAAAUAUAUUACGUUUGCCCUGAGAGGGGAAGUGGAAGAAAGAGACCUUUUUAGGACAUGCUAUAGAAAUAGUUGUAUACAUUUUACUGUAUGUUUAUUUACUUUUACAAUAAGAUAUUGUACAAUUUUUUAUUGGUUAAGUACUAUUCUGAAAUAAGAUUGUACUAUUUUGGGAAUAGCACGAUAACCAUAAUUGUGUUUAUAAAUUUUUUUUUGUAAUGGUAAAUGCUUCUUUCCAUAAACUUGUUGAAACUAUUGCCUAAUUGUAUUUUAUUGCAUCUAAUCAAUAGGAAGUCGGCGUAUCUUGGAUGUCAUGGAUGUCACUACACAGAAGGCAAUGGAAAUGUCAAUGAAAGAUUGGGUUAAAUAUUAUGAAAAUCCAGAACGUGAUCGUCUUCUUAAUGUCAUCAGUUUAGAAUUUUGCCACACUCGACUUGAAAACUAUGUGGAGUCCCCAACUCUGGUAGCGUUAACAGAUUUAAAUUUGUUUUAAGGACAUUGUAAUAAAUGACUGCAAUACAUGAAAGUUUAAUUUAUAAGAGUUUUUUUUAGUGAAAUUAGUAUUAUAGAAAGCAAUAUAUUCAGGAAAGCAAUUUUUUUUUUGUAGUUUCAAUUGUUUAAUACUUGUAUUUAAUUCAAACACUGAACAAUACGAUGCACUAUGCCUAUUCUUGGUUUAGGUAGAAUGCAAAAUAAAAUAACAAAAUGCUUUUAUAAAUUUACUGUAGCAUAGUUGUUACCACAAGUUGUUUUUUUUUUCAAAAAAAAAAAUUAUUUUAGGUCCGUCAAGUAGACUGGGUGGACAGGGCUUGGCCCAGACAUCUGAAAGAGUGCCAGACAGAAUCAACAAAUGUUAUUGAGAAAAUGAAGUACCCAAAAGUUCAGAAGUGAGUUUUGUGUAUGAUGAUAGGAUCAUAAAUAUACUUUUUUCUUAUAAAGUGUCCUGAAAUGAUCUAUUUGCAUAAAUUGCACAUACUUAGAGAGAUGUUUUUAUUGUUUUGGUAAGUGUCUUUCUGUGUGUUUAAGAGCAAGACUCUUAUUAUUUAUUUUGAUUAUUUAUUUUAUUAUAAUAAUAUAAUUAUCAUCCAGAUCUGUGCUGUAUCUCUUUAUUAAUGAACACAUAAAGACAGUAAGACCAUUUUAACAAAAAAUUGACAACCAUAUAUUUUCAGUGCAAAAUGAAUGGUUAAAUUUUUUAAAAUGCUUUUCUAGGUAUUGUUUGAUGAGCGUAGCUGGCUGUUAUACAGACUUCCACAUAGACUUUGGAGGGACUUCUGUCUGGUACCACAUCCUCCAUGGAGAAAAGGUAUGUCAUUAGGAAAAUGAAUGUUUUGGCCUUUAAUUGGGGGGGGUUUCCCCAUUCGGAAAUCUACAUUGAAUAACCUAGCGAAUUUGAAUUAAAAGGUAAGCCAAACGAAGCCAAUCUAAGUUCAAUCAAAGCUUUAGUAGAACUUAUGAUCAUAAGAUGUUUAUGAAAAUGAAACACAAUUUCAGAAUAAUUGAAUUGGCUGUUAAGAAAUUUGAAGAUCGGCAGCUAAGAUAUUAAAAAUUGAAUAUAUGCUGUUAAAGCUUAAAUUUAAAAACAUAUCUUAAAUGACAGCCUAGUCUGUUUAAAUGGGAUUGGGGUAAUACAUAUCUUGAUCUAUCACUAGCUGGAAUUUUAAAAAAGGACUGCAUGUUGUUGAGAUUAUGUCUAACCUCUUUAUUGAUGAAUUUAAAUUUACAAGUUCAGUUUCUUUUUCAUUUGUUCAAACUUUUCAAGUAUUUUGAUAGUAGCAAUUAGCUUUUCUUUCACAUCAGAGAAAGAUCAUUGUUACGACCUUUAUUUAAUAAGUUAAGACCUUCAUCAAAUGGCGCGGCCUUCUUACGUUGUCUCCAUUUACGACGUUCUUGAUACUUGACAUGUUAGGAUCUUCGUCCUUACACUUCAACACAUCCCGCAGUAGUUGUCUUGGGGUUUACAACACUUUCUUAAUAUCUAUAUAUAUAUAUAUAUAUAUAUCACAACUCCAGCAUGGAAAUACAACAGUUCUUUAUUUACAGGAUCCAAUAUCAAUUCACAGUGGCAACGUUCAAUGGCGAUAAUACUAACUCCCUAACUACUCUCUCGGCUGGACUCUCACACCAGCUCAACUAAUUAUCAACUCCCGGCUCAGCUCUGGACUAACGUGUCUCUCUCCUAGCACAACUAACAACCAACCAACACACAGCCCUUUUAUAUCCCUACAAAAUACUCAGCAUACACUAACGUUCUACACCACUGACUAACUUCACGCACUGAUCUCACAAUGAACAACUCACAAAACACUCUCACGAUCCACAACUCCCCCUACCCAACAUUCACAAAAAUCUAGUUCACAACGAUCAUGUCUUGAUUUUUAUUAAACCUUUAUUUAGAUAUGAUGAGAAAAACAAGAAGAUUUUAAUUUUGUUAAGGCAGUUGUGAACAUUUUACAAAGUUCUCGUGUUACAUAGUUCAUUUUAUUGACUAAAUGGAAUGAAUUCUCAAACUUGUCAUAUAUUUUUCCAUGUAUUUUCUUAUAUCUCAGUCACCUUGCUUCUAUAUAACUUUGAAAUUAUUUUUCUUGUAGAUUUUCUGGUUGGCUCCACCGUCACAGCAGAAUAUUGAAAGAUAUACUGAGUGGACAUUGUCAGCUAAGCAGGGUGACACCUUCCUUGGGGACACCCUGGAGCAAUGCCAGAGAAUUAAUCUUUGUGCUGGAAGUACUUUUAUCAUUCCCUCAGGUGCUGAAUUUUUUAAAAACGUCAACUCUCUACAACAGUUAAUACUAUUUGCAUGUAAUCAAACCUCUUUUGUGUUUGUGGAUAUGUUUUGGGUAAUAAGUUAGUAGUUAUUUACAGGUCAUCUCAAGGGAAGGGGUUCCAGACAAGCCUAACAUUCACAUGGGCCUCAAAGUUACUUAAAUAUUAGAUUCAAAUAUUUUAUGGGCCUUUAUUGAUGCAUUACCCAUGGGUAAAAGUUAUGAAUGAAUUUUAAGUUUGGCGGUUUGAAGCACAAAAGUUGACUUAGAUUAAAUUUUAUUGGCAGUUUCAAUUUUUUGUUAAUGUUGUUAAUUGUAUGAAUUAAGCCCAAUCAAUCUUUAAAAAAUUAAAUAUAUAUAUAUAAAUAUAUAUAGGUUGGAUCCAUGCUGUGUAUACUCCAAAAGACUCUUUGGUGUUUGGAGGAAACUUCCUGCACAGUUUCAAUAUUGAAAAUCAACUUUUGGUAUCCCGUGUUGAGGAUAAGACUUAUGUAAGUAGUGAGACAUUUUUUUUAUGUUGGGAACUUUAACUUUCUUAUAUUCCAUGUGCUGACUUUUAGGGCCAUUUGUUGUGGAUACAUCUAUUUUAAGUUGCACUUUAAAAUGCUAUUUUCAUGCAAUAUUUUCGACACAAAAGCUCAUUUUGACUAAUUAAAUUUCUCUUUUUUUUUCUUCAGAAAAGUUUUUGCUUUUCACAUUCUAAUCUUUUUAAAAUGUUAACUACAAGUUACAUUGGCAUAUUUUUUUUUUUAUUGUUCAGGUCCCUUCGAAAUUCCGCUAUCCAUUUUUCUCGGAGAUUAUGUGGUAUGUUGUGGAUCGCUACCUGAGCUGCCUCACAGGUCGUUCCUACCUGUCCUCAUGUGAAAAAGAGGAACUUGAUGAGGAUGACCAAGGACUCAUCCAGGUUGAUGAGGACUCAAGACCACCUUCUAGAAAUCCAGACUCCAGGCCUCCAUCACGGGCAAUGGAUGAUAGUAUGGAUGCUAAGGUGGGAAGAUAAUUCUUAAAUUUAAUUUUUAAAAAUAUACUUGGUACUUUUAUACAACAUGGUAAAGACAUAUAAGAUUAGUAAUACAAUUUUACAGGCUUCUAUCUCAUUUUUCAUAUGAUUUGAAAAUGUUAUGAAGUUUAAAAAUGCAUUCUUUUGCUAUCCAUCUAUAUUUAGCACAACAAUAGUUGCACCUACGCUAGUUUAAUUCAUACAAUAAAUCAUCUAAGUUUUUUUUUUUUUUUUUUUUAAGAUAAAUUGUUUUAUUCCCCUAACAUUUGUUGAUAAAAAGUACUCUUAAAAAACCAUGAUGGAAGACAGCACCCAAUGCUGAAAUAAAAUCGCUUAUAUAAAAAUGUAUGUUUUUUUAAUAUUUUUAUUUUUUUUUUUUUUUUUUUUUUAAGAUAAAUUGAUUUAUUCCCCUAACAUUUGUUGAUAAAAAGUACUCUUAAAAAACCAUGAUGGAAGACAGCACCCAAUGCUGAAAUAAAAUCGCUUAUAUAAAAAUGUAUGUUUUUUUAAUAGUUUUGAAGAAAAACCAGCUCUUUACGCUCACAUAUUUCUUAUAGUAAAUUGUUCAAGCGUAGUACAUGUGAAAACUUGUGUUAAAAAUAAUGUAAAUAGUUCUGUUAGUCACAUUGUCACAGCAGUGCAUUUAAAUAGUUACAUGCUAUUUUAUUUUACUGAGGAUUUGGGUAUUAUUGUCUAGUAUGAAAAUCUUUAAGACUACUGAUAUCUGUAAUUGGGCUUCCUAAAAAAAAUAAAGUUUUAUCAAGUGUAGUAAACAAAUGUUACCCUUCAAAUAGAUUGUUUUGAUAUGUUUUUAACACAGCUAUGUUUUUUGUUGCAGCAAAUAAAAUCAGAGAGUGGGGAGGAUGCACCAAAGUUGUCUAAAAGUGUGACAAUUGAGUUGACACGCAUAGAUCAGGCCCUGAGAAGGUCACAAAGUGAAGAUGAAAACCAGCCCCCUCUAGCUAAGCCCAGGGUCCCCCGCAAAGCAGUCUCUGACUCCAACAGUUCGUGGGAAGGUGGAGGGGGCACUCGCAAGUGGAUUCACUUGACACCCACAGAGUUGAAAGGCUUGCAUCAGUUGGUUGACUACCUCACAGGAUUAAUGGCAUUGCCACCUAAUAAACGAGGGGUGCCCAGAGAGAUGUUAGAUCCUGAAGCAGUGCUUAGGGAGAUAAGGGUAAGAUGGGUUUUAUUAAAUGAGGUAGUUUUCUUUCUUUAACUUAAAUAAAGGUUUUGAAAAGAAAUUGAUGAUCAGUCUUAGGGUAUAAUUUUGAAGAUAAUUUCAAAAUUCAAUUUACUGUAUUUGCAGCUUAAGCAAUUACAUUUCAAAAUGCAAUUUAUUUUCUUUGCAGCCUUAAGCGAUUACAUUUUACUUAAAUAUUAUUCCCCAGGAGCAUAUUUUUUAUUUUUUGUUUUUUUUUCAUUAUCUGUUGUUGAUUUUUUUAUUCCUAGUAUUGUCAAUUACUUCGCUUACUGUUUCAUAAUCUUGACCCUGUGACCUGUAGCAAGUUUUGGAAGACCACAAGAAUGAUGACCCCGAGCUAGCUGUAACAGGAGAACCAUAUAUUGGAUGGCCUGAAUCAGCAAAGGUAUUACAUAAUAUAAAAAUAGGUCAGUGGGCUACGUGUUGUUUUUAUGGCUAGAAUGGGUUGGAGACUUACUAAGCCUAACAAUCAAGUGUGUCACAUAUUUUAAAUUAUUAAAUUUCAUACAUUUUAUCUCCCAAAAAUUAGAUAUGUCAUUUGCAAUUGAUGUACACUUCCCAACAAAUUUGAUUUAAAAAUUAUAUUUAUGAAACACAUGAUUAGUAAAUACUUUUUAUUGAUCUAUGAGAGUGGAUUAUUAUGUACAGUCAGAUUGAAAGUAAAUUUUCAUAUUACUUUUUUUAUUAAGUUUCCAUCUUUGCUAAUCAAUGGUAACAUAUUUGAGAUAUCGCUGCUAUAGAAGUUCAGGUCAAAGGGAUCAAUGUUUCUGUUUUGCAAAAGUGUUUUCUCUCAGUUGUUAACCUAAUUACUGACCAUCUUUGUUGUUUUAGAAAAAGCAACAGAAACUGAAACUGGGCUACAAAACCUUUAAAACAGCCAAGGCUGCUAAAGGGUCGACAGGAGCAGCAGUAUCAUCAUCAUCCAUAAGGCGAAGGAGGACUAGGUGUAAGCAGUGUGAGGCCUGCACAAGGACUGAGUGUGGAGAGUGCACAUUCUGUAAAGACAUGAAAAAAUUUGGCGGGCCGGGGCGCAUGAAACAGACCUGUAUCAGCAGGCAGUGUAUGGCUGUAAGUGCUCUGUAGAGAUUCUUGCAUAAUGGUUUCCAUUUUUAUUAAAUCAAUGAAAAUUAUUUAUGAAAUCACUUAAGUUACAAUUAUUCAACCAUUGUCAUUAGUUUAAUUUAAAUUUUGGUGAAUGUGACUUUAAUGAUGUACUAAAUUAAAAUUCAUGUUUCUUACUUAAGUAUGCCUUUUAUCCUGUCUGAGCGUAGACAGUCUACAAGAAUUUUCAGUUAAUCUCUGUCAUUUGCUUUCCUUUCCAGUUGGUUCCAGGUGUAUUCCAUACUGGUGUGUCUGCUCCCAGCAUCUCCUUGUAUUCUUUGGCCUCUUCUCUUCCUUUUUCCUUGUGUGAUCCAAGUUAGGGGUUUUCUGAUGAUGUGUGGUGGGGGGGGGGGGGGUGGUUUUAACAGUUUGCCCUUUCCCCCAGGUGUAUUCCAUACUGGUUUGUCUGCUCCCAGCAUCUCCUUGUAUUCUUUGGCCUCUUCUCUUCCUUUUUCCUUGUGUGAUCCAAGUUAGGGGUUUUCUGAUGAUGUGUGGUGGGGGGGGGGGUUGGUUUUACAAGUAUGCCCUAUCCACCUCCAUCUUUUCCUAAUGCCUUCAGCAAAAUGCUCUUGGUAUGUCCUUUCUGUUAAGGUUUUGUUGGUAAUGAUGUUUGGCCAUCUUAUGUUCAGGAUCAAAGCAAGUGUUUGUGAAAGUCUGUACUUUCUGUGUGAUGCUCGCUUUUGUUCUCCAUGUUUUGGUACCAUGGAUGCAGACUGCUUUGACAUGUUUUGUUUCCACUUUUAGCCCUAGCAUCUGCUUCUUAUCCGCCAUUUAUGUCAAUGAGGCUGCCCAGGUAGAUGAAGGCCUCGACCUCUUCCAGUGCAUUUCCUGCCAAGGAGAUAUGUUAUGGUUAGAGGAGUUUCUCUGCAUGAUCUUUGUCUUGCUUCUUUUUAUGUUGAUUAGGAUUGGAGCUGUACUGAAAUACUGGUUAAAUCUCUUGUCUUUUUGUGUUGGUGCUGUGGGACAGAAGUGUAAUAUUAUCUGCAAAGUCUAGCUCAUUCAGUUGUUACCAUGGUGUCCACUGUAUUCCAUUUCUCUUUCUGUCUGUGGAUUCUUUCACUAUCUAGUCAAUGGCGUGGACGAUAUAGGAAAGGGGACAAAAGACACCUUGUCUGACUCCUAUUUCCUCUUUAAAGGAUCCUGUGAGUCUAUCUUCGUGUGCCACCCUGCAUGUAAUUUCUCCAUAAAAACUGAAUAAUCCUGAACAGUUUUCCUGGUACCCUAUAAUUCUAGAGAUGUUUUCACAAGCUGUGUUGAUCCAGGCUAUCAAAGGCUUUAAUGUAGUCAAUGAAAUUUAGAUAUAGAGGAGCGUUCCAUUUGACUGAGUGUUCCACAAUGAUGCUUAGUGUUGCAAUUUGGUCUACGCAAGAUCUUUUUGCACGGCUGCUAAGAUCCCUUUUCUUGGUACCUUGAUUGAGGUAUCCUUCUUUCAAAUCUUUUAGAUUUCUCUCUUCUUCCCAUAUCUUUUCUAGCAGACUGUGCAGCAUGUUGACUAUUGUAUCUAUACCUGCUCUCAUCAUCUCUGUUUUGAUGUUAUCUGAUCCCAUGCUUACCCAAUUUAAGCUGCUUGAUAGCCUCGUUUAUUUCUUCCUUGUUAGGGGCAAUUCUUUCUAUUUGUAAAUCAUUUGCUGGUUAUAUCUAGUGUGUCUGUGGGUGAAGGUCUGUUCAGUAAUUCCUCUAUUAAUUAGUCUAUCUUUGUGUUUGUGCUUCAUCGUCCUAAUCCCACGUUGCACUUAUAAGUUACGGAUGUCUUUAUUUUUUGCCAUUGAAUUUAUAUCUGGUCACCAUCGGUUUGUUCUUUCAGUACCUGGAACUUAUUUCUCAAAGUAAUACUGAAUUCCUGUCAUUUUUGCUUGUUUGCCAAAGGUGCUAUGUUGUAUUUUAGUUUUCUCAUAGAGACCUUCUGAAUUUUUUUGCUUAUGCAUAUGUGGUCAAUUUGGUUUUCUGUUCUAUUAUUAGGGACACCCUAGUUAGCUUGUGGAUUUUCUUAUGCUGAAUAUGCUGCCCCCAAUAACAAACUUAUUUGCUGUGCAGAAGUCUCUUAAACUGAGGCACCCAAUAAUUAGCUCAUAUCUUCCAUUUUCUUUCCCAAUCUUAGCAUUUAGAUCUCCCAUUAUAUUUAGUUCUCUACCUGGAAUUCAGGUAAAGCUGGUAGUCUGUUGUAGAAAGCUUCUUUUUUAUCUUCUUUACUAUUGUUGGUUGGUGCAUAGCACUGUAUUACAUUUAUAUAUAUUUUCCUCAUCUGGGUUUGAAGGUUGCUGUGAUAAUUCUUGGAGCAUCUGCUUCCCAAAAUAUCAUUGCCCUUUGUGCCAUCCGUGACAUCAUCAAAGUGACUCCCUGACUUUGUGGAGCAUUUUCCUCCUCGUGCCCUCAGUAUAUUAGUGUUUCUCUCAAGACUAAUGUUAACUGUCCAGCUUGUGUUAAAAAUGCUGUGCAGGGUGAGCUUGUUUGUUCUCAUUUCUGAUGUCAGUUAUGCUGAUUUUCCUGUCUCAUGUAUAGUUUUAACAUUCCAUUAGCCUAUGGUUAUUGCCUUUGAAAGGAGGGUUCUUGGCUUUUGGGCAUCGAAUGUAACCUGGUUUUGGUUGCAAGGCCUCUUCUUGGCAAAGUAGAGCUCUCUUUUAUCAGGGCUGAAAGAACUAAGCUAGUGAUCUCAUAAUAUUUCAUAUUGUAUCUUUCAAUAGUCUUAAGAAAGGAGACGUCAUAGUGAGAGUUAUAAAAUAGCGUCAUGGUUCCAGAAACUUUUUAAUCAUCCUUCAAGAUGGCCAGUUCAUAAUUUUAUCAUCUUUUAUUAUUGCGUUUUUUCAGCCUGUGCUGCCUAGCUCUUCUGUGUGUAUGAUUUGCAAUCAAGAGGGUCAACCUAACCCUGAUGACUCAGAUGAUGUUGCACACUUGCUUAUGGAGUGUGGCAUUUGUUGGGAAAUUGUUCAUCCAACUUGUUUACAGAAAAAGUUAGUUUUAAUUUACAAAAGUCCAUUAAUAAAUUGGAUAUAAGGCACAUUUUUCCCCCCUACCUUUUUGUAUACUUUAAAAAAAAAAAUGUAAAUUUUCAUUGUUUACCUCCAGAUAGAUAUGAGAAUUUUGAAUGAAUAUGCUGUAAAUGAAGUUGCUUGUUUACCUCUAAAUAGAUAUGAAAAUCUGGACAAUGAUGGUGUUGUAAAUGAAGACUUGCCAAAUAGCUGGGAGUGUUCUAAAUGCUGCAAUGAAGGAAAACAAGGCCAGCUGAAGGUAUCUAUGCUUCAUGUUCUAUUAGAUUUUUAUGUGAAAUGUAAAAGAUUUUUUUUACAAUUUGUUGGAACUUUGUAUUAUUUCUUUGCAUUCAUGCAUUUUAACUAUGAUAUUUUUAAUUUAAUAUAUUUUACAGUUGGCUGCAUCAAAGUUCCUCAUAAAAAUUACUUAAAUAGGAAAGACAUAGAAAAUCUAUAAAAUUAAUACUACAGGUUAACAUGUGAAAGCAAAAUGUUUCCAGACCCUGUAUUGGCAAUUGCUAAAUAUCCAAUGUAUAAAUAUUUAAGACAAGUUGAUUCAUUUUUUCAGCCUCGUGUAAGGCCAGGGGUAUCUUCUAAGAAAAUUAAGAUGGAGGAACACCGAUUCUCUCCUGAAAGUGACGGAGCUUUAGAUGAAGAUCCGAUUUCACCUAUAAGCCCAGUCGAAGGUAAAAGGGUUGUCUCUAAAGAAGGAGGCAGGCCCAAAAAUGGUGUUGGUGAUGAGCCCUUUAUUAAAACAGAACUGGGAGCUCCUAAGUGGCCUUCACCUCCCAAGAAAAUGCCCAUCCCACCAGAUGUAAAGGUCAAAUCAGAAGAUGGCCCUCCCUCACCACAAAAGUCAAUGCCUUCAUCUCAGAGCAGAGAAGACGGUCAAAAGAAAAGGAAUACUCCCCAGUUACCAUUGAAAGAUCAAAAGAAACAAAUUAAAAAAGAAAAGGUAUAAAUGCAAUAUCUUUUAUCAGUUUGGUGAAAGGAGUACCAGCUAUAAAACUAUUUGUUAAAUUUGUUUGACCAAAUUAUUUUGUCCUAAAACUAUUAAGAUGAUUAAUUAGCAGGACUGAGAUCAAUGCAGGCACCUACCUAUGGUUAAUUUGUAAAAACAAUAUUUAUACCUCUUAUGCUACAAAUGAUCUCCUUCAGCAUUGAAGAGGUGAUUAUAUUGUAAUUAGGUUCUAUAUUCUUCCAAAUCUAAAAGAAGUAAAUUUAUUUGCACGGCCCUUAGACUAAAUGCCCUCAUCAACCUUUGAAGAUGACUUAAGAUUUUUUCAAAUGAUUUUUACUGUAAUUUUUAAAUACAUUUUAAAAACAUCUUCAGAUUUCCGCACCAAACUCACCAUCCAGUUCAGAUAACAAACAUCCUCGCAAACGUCCAAUGUCCACCCCAAGUAGCAUUGGAGAGAAAAAUACAUCAUCAUCCCAGCUUACAGAAUCAGGAGGCAAAAGACCUAAAAGAGAGGUAGUUGUCCCUCGCAGAUUUUUAGAUUGAAAUCAGAUUAUUCAUAAAAAUAUCUUGUUUGUUCCCAUUUACGUCACAUCAUUUAUUCUAACAAUGUGUAGAAAUUGAUCUAUAAAAUGUUUGGGAAUUCAUGUUUGUAAACUUUAAUAAUUUUUUUUUUGGAAGAGUGAUAGGUCAUUUUCUUAUUUGUUACAAAAUUUAUUUUUGUCAAAGUAUUUUUUCUUCGACAACCCAACACAGUUAAUUUUUGUACCUUUUCUAAAACAGUUCAAGCAAUGUCCCCCGUCUCUUACCCUAAUUUCAGUCUAUCUUGGUUUUUCUCUGUAUUAUGCUUGCAUGUCAGUGCUUUCUUACUGAGCAGAGUUGGUGUCACCUCAAGAUGCUAUGGAUCAUUUGUGCAGCUCAAUAUAAUUUUGUUCUUCAUGUAUUGUACUCUAUAUAAAAACUGACAUUACUCAGGUUUAUGGGGAAACAAUUCUAUAUACCAUUCUGUUAGAUAUCACUGCUUAAGUCCCUUGAUGUCAAUAGAUGACUUAGGUAAAUUGAAGAAAAAAAAAGACGGUCUGUUCAAAUGUAGCAUUUAAGUUAAAAAAUAACAACCCCCAAAUAACAAAACAUUUUUCUGUUUUGAAAAACAAUAAUUUAUUCAAAUUUUGUGGGGCUCUUUAGAUCAUAAAUUGUCAGACUUUUAAAUCUCCUUGCAUUCCUUAUUUACUAAGGCUAUCUUGAAGAAUUCACUACAAAUCCAGUAAGAUAAAAAAUGAAGGACUGCAUUCAAGCUGUGUGAAGGAAAUAUUAGAAAAGGAUAUGUGGAAGCUUGAAAUAUAAAGACAGGACAAUAAAAGAAGAACUUUCCGGUUGAGGAAGGCUCUUAGCUGAUAAGUUCUUCUCUUAUUGUCCUGUCUUUAUAUUUCAAGCUUCCACAUACCUUUUUCCACUAUAACCAUUAAGGCAAGGGCAGAAAUUAAAUAUAAGUGUAUGAGAAGGAUUUUUUUUUUGAGCCCUACUCUUCAUUUGUUUUUGGCAGCAUAUUGUAAAUAUUUCCCUUUUGUUGUUUGGUUUAUUCCUUUUAUGGAUACUACUAUCCUUACAUGCAACUAACAUAUCAUGGCAACAUUUAACAUUAUCUUUAUGCUUUGAUCAUAAUGUUCAAGUCACUUUCAGCAAGGAUAAAUUAUUUUAUUCAGUUAAAAAAAAGAAAUUCACAUAACUUCAGAUUUAGACAAAUACAAUAUAUAAUUCUUGAGCUGUCUGUAUGUAUUGUAUCUUCAAUGUAAUGCUGUGUCUGUAUUUAUUGUCUUUUAAAUGUUAUGCUGCGUCUGUCUGUAUUGUAUAUUGGAUGUAAAAUGUAAUGCCGUGUCUGAAUGUAUUGUAAUAUUGUAUGUUUAAUGUAAUGCUGUGUAUGUAUUGUAUUGUUAAUGUAAUGCUGUAUCUGUAUGUAUUGUAUAUACAAUGUAAAAUGUAAUGCUGUGUCUGUAUGUAUUGUAUGUUCAUUGUAAUGCUGUGUCUGUAUGUAUUGUAUUUUAAAUGUAAAAUGUAAUGUUGUGUCUGAAUGUAUUGUAUUUUCAAUGUAGAAUUGAAUGCUAUGUCUGAAUGUAUUGUAUGUUCAAUGUAAUGCUUUGACAUGAUUGUUAGGCAGAUAUAACAAUUCCAAUGAUUUUUUCAAAAAAACACCCAACAAAGCACUAAUUUGCAGAUAAUAUAGGGCCCCUGUAUUUAAUACAAUUAAAAAAAAAAGAGUUAUUGCUUUAAAUAUUUUUAUUCUUUUAAAAAUGUUUUCCUAUUCAAUCAUAGAAUAUUGGAAGAACUUUUAUAUAUAUUAUUUCCAAGAAAUAGCCCUAAUUUUAUUACUAAAAGGCUCUAAAAAUAAGGAUGUUAUUACAAACAAACAAAAUAAUUUUAUUAUUAGAGAGGGUUUUUUUUUCAAAGUUCAUAAAAAGGUUUAUAAUUUUUCAAUAGUGUUUUAAAUAAUGAAGUGGCUAUUCAGACCCGGAAAAGAAUGAGAGGUUGGGUUUAUUAAAAAAUUGUUCAAAAUAUUGCUGGGUUUGUAAGACUAUAUUUGGUAUCAAAUGAAAGAUAACUGAAUGGACUAUAUGUUUGUAAACUUACUUCUUCAGUUUAACUAAAAUAAACUACUACAAAUGACAUCCGAAUAGCCAUUUAGUCUAAAAGGAACUCCUUCUUGGUCUGAAUCCUGUGUCAGAUUAGCCGCAGCCUUAAAAUAAUGUUCACAAAGUCAUAUAGUUUGGUAAGAUAAUGCAAGCAAUGGAUGCAAUAAGUUAGAAAAUGGUGUAGAAUAAGUCUUCAUAUUUUAAUUGAAUUUUUGAGAGAGGAUUUCAACAUUAUUAAAUGAAAAAAAGAAGGGAAUUAUUUUUAGAGCAUAAAACAUUUUUAAAAGUAUUGUUUUCCAUAAGGGGGAAUAUUUUAAAAAAUGGAAUGAUUAAGCAAUUUUAGCUGACUUGAAUGAUGAACGAUGAAAGCAAACUUUCAUUGAUUAUUUCUUACAGAAUUUAUAUAUCUAUGUAUGGGAAAUCAUUCAAAAUACUAUUAUAUCAAUAUAUAUGGUUUUAUUUUCUACAUUUAACUUGUUAUAAUGAAUUAUUGUUAACCGAUCUCUUCAUUGUUCCAUGAGAUAGAGAAAAUGAAUACAUUAAUUUAUCAGGCAAUUUGUCAACAUUCUGUCUCAUUGGGUGAAUUUGAAAUAUUAUAUCUGUGUGUGAGGAUGUAUGUCCCAAGAGAAUGCAUUUCCUGGAUUGCUUAAAAACUCAAAUCUACCUCUAAAGUCUUGGAAAAUCCUUGAUCUAUUCCAAUUUUUUAUACAUAUUCAUUUUGGCGUAAAUUUCAUUGUUUAUAUGUGUAAAUAUAUAUAUAUAUUAUCAAUACUGAAAAUGAUUCAAAUUCUUUAGAAAUUUAACAUAAUUUUAUAUUGUGUAUUUUGGGGAAAGAUAACUCAAUAUUUAAAGGCAAUAAAGUUGCAUUUUAAUAUAAUGUUAUUAUAAAACAUAAAUAUAAUAUAGUGAGAGAAUGCAAUCAGGCUGUGUAAAAGAAACUAAAAAAAAAAUUAGUGUUAGUGGAAAACUUGAAUGAAGACAAAAUUAUAUUCGUAUCAGCAAAAAGCCUUCUUCACUGAACAAAAAAAGUACAAAUGAAAUAAUAUGAAAAUAACUUAUUUUAUGCUGUGUGAAGUCUGAGAGAUAGAAAACUGCAAUCUGGCUAUGUUUUUUUCCCUCAAGUUUUCCUACCCCAUUCUUUAUUUUACCUGUAGAUAGAGAGAAACAUGAAGAAAAAAACCUGAUUAAAUUAUUAAAAGGGUGAUGGGAACAAAGCUCUGCAAUAUAAAUACAAUAUUUGUCCUUGUCCGUCUGUAUUCCAUUUUCACAUUUAAAAAAAAUUAUUCAAUCAAUUACUAAGUGACCAAUCUUCAGUUUGUACAAAAUAAUUAUUUAAUGUGCUAUAUAUAUAUAUAAAUAAAAUAAAUAUAUAUUUCUUAAAGUAUAUAUCAUGAAUAUACUAAAAAUUCUUGAUGCUUAAUAAAACUAACUCAUGAUUCAAAUAACCCUUGCAUUGAGAAAUGUUCAAGACAUUUAAAGCAGAGUUUUCAUCACCUUACAAGACAGCAUAAAACCUUUUUCUUUUUAUAUUGUUACAAGCAUAUAACUUUAUGUAUUCCAUGAGUUUCUGCAAAUAAUUUUUAAAACUAGCUCAGUUUCAUGAGGCAGUAAACUAAAAAAAAAAAAAAUCAUUUAAUUUUCUUUCGUAAUUUGCUUUGGAAACCUCUUUUUCUACCAAAACCCUUGCAGUGGCACAUUUUACAAUCAAUUAAUUUUUGGCCCAGUCAAUGACCAGGCAGCGUUUCAAUUGAGAACUGCUUUUAUGAUUGUUGAGACUCGUGUGCAGUGGUGGAUCCCUACAUGUUCCCCCAGUCCUAUUAAUAUGUGCAUUCAACUUUUAAAUGAUUUGAUCAGCCACCUCUUUUACCCUCCCACCCUCUGUAUAGUUGUUGGCCUGCCACUGCUUGUGUCUGUGUAUAUGUAUUAUAAUGUACGUGGCCGCUUUUCCAGCAUGGCAAUAAUCGCACCUGAUUCAUUACAGUUUAUGACAGGAAUAAUAGUCUAGACUGAAAUUAUAUUCAGCUGGAUCAAAAAAUUUACCAUUAGUUGCAGCACAUCGUUUGCAUCACUCUAGAUAAAAGUGUGUAAAACAGUAUUGUUUCUUGUCCGAUCUCAUUCAUUCAAGUUUUCUGAACACUGAGAGUCAGUGAGUGCUGUAACUGGGCCUAUUUUCGUCAAGCUUUACUCAUUUUCCAGAGGUUGCUUUUUACCUGUUUCCCCGCAUCCCACUGCCCAGGCAUUAACUGCACCAAAAGCUAAUCAAGGAUAACUAUAUAAGUCUUUAUGGUUCUAUCUAGUUACCUUCUGAAACCUUACAUAUUUUCCAACAAUGUUUUCUGUCUACCAGGCAUCCCACAGCAAAUUUUAUAAAACAGCUUAGCCUUGAGAGUAGGUAGACCUGCUUUUAUUUCUUAAUCAGCUCUAACAAUCAUUGUUAUUCUGUGACUUCAUUCUUUGAGUUCAAGCUAAAUUAUUUCAUCUUUGAGCAACAGUGGCGUAACAAAUCUGGAAUCCAGAGAAAAAUUCUUUUUUUUUUCAGGCUGAUGUUAAAAUAUAAUUCUCUGUUUAAAAAGUAUAAAAUAUUAUAACAUGAUCCAUUGAAAAAAUUUUUAAAAAUUACUUUAUAGUUACGCCUCUGCUCAAGAUUUCAUCAGAUUUAAUCCCAUGCAGCAGUGGUUCUUAAAGCAGGCUUCGCAAAUCCCAGAAUACAGAUAAAAAUUCAUUAAAACUUGUUGAAUGUGAUAGAAAUCAUGGUGUUAAUUAAUUUUCUUUGUUGCGGAAUAUAUAUCAAUUGAAGUGUCUUAGAACCCCUGCUGUAUAAAAAUCACUUAUUACACUUUCAAUAUAAUUCAUGUUUCAGUACUGCCUGUUUGGCUUACUUAAAAAGUCAUACACCAACAAAUUUAUUGAUUUGUUUUGAUAUAUUAACUAUAUUUUAAUUGUUUGUUUUCAUGAUAUAAAUUCUUAAACCUUUCAAAGGCAUAUAUACAAGUAAAUGGGACUAAAACCCCCCAAAAUAUAUAUAUAGUUUUAAUAAUGGCACCUUUGAGAUCAAGUUUCUAUAGCUUACCAGGGAUGUGCUGUUUAAAUAAUGAGACAUCAGAUCACACUGAUGAGUAUGUUUUAAAUAAAGUUGACAUGUGAAGGAAAUCAUUGAAUUUCCUCGUUGUUUUGUUAAUCUCCAGCGUUAAUGUUUCUUUACAGUGUUUAUUAAAUUUGUUAAUAUACUGCAUGUAAAAACAAUAAAAAAGUAUUAUUUUUGGAAUCCGUUGAGGAUGAAAAGAAAUACUUGUAAAAUAAAGCAAUGAACUAAAAAAAAAUGGGAAUUCAGCAUCCUUCUUUUUUUGUACAGUUUUUUUUCUAUGUGGCUUUCAGUUAUCCUGUUAUUUUGAUCCCCUUUGUUCUCUGUUGCUUUUGUGUUUCUUAUAUGUGGUUGGCAUUGCAAUCAUUUUUCAUUUGGUUUCAAACAUUUCAGUUUACACUUUAAAUUUUUUUUUUAAAUUUAUAAAUGAGCAGCACCUGGCAAUGAUUAAUUUGACCUGGAAGACUUGUUCAUACAAUCAUGCAUUAUUUUUGGGAUGCUGAUUUUGGCCUAAUGAGAUGAAUGUAUUGUUUCGAAGUGUUCAAAUUAUGUUAGUGUCCCAUUAAUUAAACCUUUGGGCACUUUCCCUUCCACAGAAAUUCCCCUGUCGGUCUGAAAAGUGCAUUUACAUGUUAGUUUAAAUAAGUUCUUACAAAAAAAAAAAAAAAAUUUAAUUAAAAAAAAAAUUUAUAGCAUCAAAAAAAAAUCUCCUUAAGAACUCUUAUUUCCAGUAAAACAAUUAAAAUAGAUUAUAUUCAUGAAAAAACUUUAGAAUUGUUUCGAAGUGUUCAAAUUAUGUUAGUGUCCUAUUAAUUAAACCUUUGGGCACUUUCCCUUCCACAGAAAUUCCCCUGUCGGUCUGAAAAGUGCAUUUAAAUGUUAGUUUAAAUAAGUUCUUAAAAAAAAAAAAAAAAAAUUUAAUUAAAAAAAAAAUUUAUAGCAUCAAAAAAAAAUCUCCUUAAGAACUCUUAUUUCCAGUAAAACAAUUGAAAUAGAUUAUAUUCAUGAAAACACUUUAGAUCUAUACCAAUAUUUGGAUUAUAUUAUUUUGUGGUAAAGUAAAAACUGAAGAAAUCAUUACCAUUAAUUUAAUUUAAUGUCUCAAAAUAAUGUCCAUGACAUUUGCAAGAAGUACCUUGUAAAAUAUUUUAUCUCAUGAGUGAUGCAAAUUAGUCCAUAUGUUAUUUUCUUUUUAAUCUCUUUCUUUUCACUGGUACUAAUAAUUUUAUUUUAAAAAGUUCUGCAUUAUUUAUAUAGAUAUACAAAUAUAUUUAUGUGCUUAAGUUCUAAGGAUUUAAUGAACUUAAGUUAAAGACUCUUUCCCUCAUUAGUCACGUUCUCAGCAACACUGCUCUCCUAGAUUUAUUUAUCACAGUUUACAGAUUUAAUGCUUUUAUUUGUGGUGGUCAUGCCUUGUACAUUUUUUAAUUGUUACAACUUGUGCUUAAAAUUUUGUACCUUUUAAAAUAAAUUUCAUUCCUGGAACCAGUUUUUCCCUCCCUUCCCAGGGUCCUGCGUGUGCGAUGGGUGAUGGGGCCAUGGUCAUCCAAGGAAAGGUGCAUGAUGGACUACAGAAACAUUGGGAGGAUGCCCAGGAAACUCCAACAGGCGGGGGUGUGAUCAAGAAAUCAAAACUCAAGUAUGGAGCUCUGCAUCCUGGUGAAGGUGAUGGGGGUGGAUGCUGUGCAAAUAACACAGCAGCUCCUUCACCACUGCCCACUUCAUCCAUCUCAUCCUUAUUAACAUCAUUUUCCCCACAGCCUCCUUAUCACAAGGGUGUACAGGCUCCCCUAUCUUCAUCCUCUUCAAUGAACGCCUUGGGAAUCCCAACAUCUGACUCCAGCCAGUCUCAGCAACAAGGAAGUGAAGGUUCAUCCAAUAAAAAAGAAGAAGGGAAAAGUGCCACCCAACGGGACAGCAAUGGAGGUCAUGUGCCCGGAUACUCGCCUGAACGAUUACGCUGGGGCACAGAUUAUGCCCCCAAAGUCCCCCUGAAGAAUUAUGUUGUUCGUCCUGCUCCUCCAUCACAUAUCCCAGAAUUUGUACCCAUGGCCAGUGAUGCCCCACAUCCACUUCCACACGCAAUAUGGACCUUGAUUUUCCGUUACCUCCCUCAAUCUGACCUAGUCACAUUGUCUUCGGUAUGUAGGACCUUUGAUUGUUGGGCCCUAGAUCCUGCACUAUGGCAGCAAAUCAACCUGUCUCGAAAAAGCAUUAAGCAAGUUCAUCUUAAAGGUACAAUGCUUCGACAGCCUAGAUCUUUGAAGCUGGCAUCUUCGGUCAUUUCCUAUGCACAGUUAUCCUGGUUGAUUGCCCGGUUGCCUGGGCUGCGGCACCUUGAUUUGUCCAAUCUGUCGUGGGCAUCAAUCUGUGCCCUGUGCUCCUCCGACUGUCCUCUCCUGCGAUCACUUAACCUGAGCUGGGCCACAGGCAUAAGAGACCUGUGUUUCAGGGAGUUGGCCUCGCCUCCCAUCAACCUCAAGCCCGGUCAACGAAACAUCUCGCGCCUUUCUCGCCUCGAGAGACUCAGCCUUACUGGAACAGACAUAAAUGAUCAGAGCCUUGAGGUCAUCGCCACCCACCUGCCGAAGCUCAUGGCCUUGGAUCUGACCUGUUGCAUGAGGGUCACGGACAGAGGCAUAAGAGCUCUUGUGCAGAUGGGGGCUCCGUGCCGUCUGCGUGAGAUACGGCUUGUGAAGUGCGUGCAGCUGACAGAGCGUUGUCUUGACUCUCUUGCCUCCUGCAGAGAGCUGAGCUUCUUGGCCCUGACUGACAUCCCAGCAAUAACCCAAGAAGCCUGUGUUAGAUUUUCUCGUAGCUACAAGUACAGAACCCUCCGUGCCCAUGCUCAAGGCAUCAUCAGUGUUUGAGGCCAAAUGCCUAAAGUGAACACGGAAUGAUGCCAUGAGUAUAAAUGGGGUGGAAAAGUUAUUUAUUGAUAUUUUUCAACAUUUUGAAUGUCAAAAGCAUCUCAGGAUAAAUUUCAUUGUUAACUUGUGUUUAAAUGUUUCCUUUCAGCAAAGGCUGUUUAUGUGCAAGCAAGAGAGUAGUUGUGCAAUGGUUUUCUCUUUCUAUUAUAGUUUUAAUUUUUUUUUUAAAGAAAUAAUUUAAUAUUUAAAUUUCAAAUAAAUAUCAAAGUGGCAACUAAAAAUAUAACAUUUCAAUUAUGUCUAUGCAUGUUUAGAUUAAAUGAGAUGAUCUUCUGACAAUAACUAGUUACCAUACACAGAUUUUUUUAUAAAACACGCCUAAUGAUCCUUUGUUCACUGACAUUUAAGAGGGAAUCUGUAAGGAUCAAUUUAUAUAAUUCUCAAGGUAUAAAAGACAGUUUGGUGUAAUUGUGAGUCCAACAGUGUGCAAAAUAAAAUAACUAAUUACUAUGGUAAAUGAGAUUCUGAAAAAUACCGCAAGAGCUUUUGGCGCGUUAUAUUUUCUUUUGUUUUACUGGUAAUUGAAAUAAUC